UCGAAGGUGCAUUGCCAGUUUAAAUGCAAAGCAGAGAGACCUGCAAGCAUCACACAUUUCCUCUGGGUAGUCGGAGAAACAAAUUAGCAGCGUCAGCAUCAGGUUUCCCAAUAAAAGGUUCGGUGCACGAGGGGACUGUACUGUUCCAGACAGUCCGGCAGAAGCACGAUGAGUUACGGCUGGGAUUUAUUUGAUGCUCUUCCAACAAGGAGGCUGCUUUCGGACUCCUCCAGGAACAUGGGUUUUCGCACUCAGAGCUGGUCCAGAGGCACCGUCUCAUCCCUCAAGCACAGUCCCCUGUCUGUAAGCCGAGGUUUCAGCUCGCUGGUUCACCGGCCGUCAGACAGCAUGCAGCUCUAUCAGUCUGGAGCCUUCUCCGAAGAUCACAUUGCAGUCAGCCUCAACGAGAAGCUGCUGAUGCAGGGGCUGAACGAUCGCUUUGCUGGUUUCAUCGACAAGGUCAGGCAGCUGGAGCAGCAGAACCAGGGGCUGGAGGCAGAGAUCGCAGCCCUGAGAGAGCGGCAGAGCUCCCAGUCUGGCCUUGCAGAUAUCUACGAGCCCGAAAUGUCAGAGUUACGGAACCUCAUUCUGGAAACUGAAAACCAGAAGACACAAGUUCUCCUGGACCGCGACCACUUGAAGGAGAAUCUCCAACGGCUGAAGGAAAAGUACGAGGCAGAGGCACAGGUUCGUCUGGACACGGAGGCAAGUUUGCACGCCUGCAAGAAAGACCAAGAGAACAGUAACCUGGUGAGACAGGAGUUAGAAAGGAAAGCACAAUCUCUGAUGGAUGAAAUCACCUUUCUCAAGAACAACCACGAGGAAGAGGUGUCUGACCUGUUCUCUCAGAUCCAAGCUUCACAGGUCGGUGUAGAAAUGAAAGAUUUCACCAAGCCCGAUCUGGCGGGAGCUCUGAGGGCGAUUCGAGCCCAGAUGGAAGGCUGUGCCGGUAUUAACAUGCAGCAGGCAGAGGAAUGGUUCGCGUCCAGAGUGGCCAAACUCAACGACGCAGCGGCAAUCAACAAGGAAGCUCUACAGAGUACAAGGCAAGAGAUCAGCGAGUACAGUCGGCAGUUACAGUCCAAGAACAUCGAGCUGGAGACACUGAGAGGGAGGAAGGAGUCCCUGGAAAAGCAGCUGAAUGAUGCUGAAGCCAGACACGACGGAGAAUUAAUCCAGUACCAGGACACCAUUCAACAAUUAGAAAACGAGCUUAAAAAUACAAAACAGGAAAUGACUCUCCACCUGAGGGAAUAUCAAGAUCUACUGAAUGUCAAAAUGGCCUUGGACGUGGAGAUCGCCUCCUACAGGAAACUCCUUGAAGGUGAAGAGACAAGAUUCGGUGACUUCACUCCCUCAGUGUAUACAUACAAACCACAGCCUUUAGCACACACAACCUACGUGACAACCAAGACCAAAGCCACCUCCACAAAGGUUAUGCCUCAGUAUAGGUUUGUAGAAGAAAUCAUCAGUGCAACGACAAAGGAAAUUAAUCUGGCAGAGCUGGAAGCUGCUGACUACAAGGCAGUCGUUGACCAGGAAGGAAAAAUAGCAGAAGAUGAAGCAGCAGUAAAAGAGGGGGAGGAUGUGGAGAAGGAAGCCGGGGAACCAAAAGAAGCAGCUGAAGAGGAGGAAAAGGAGACUGAAGAGGCAGAAGAUAAAGGUGAGGUUCAGGAGGAAGAGGCAAAGGAGGCUGCUGAGGAAGAAAAGGAAGAAGAGGAAAAGGGUGAAGAAGCUGCAGAAGAAGUAAAGGAUGAAGAGAAGGCAGAAGAAAAGGCUGAAGAGGAUAAGGAUAAAGAGAAGGUUGAAGAGGCAGAAGAAAAGGUUGAAGCAGUAGCAGAAAAGGUUGAAGAGCAGGAAGAAAAGAAGGUUGAAGAGGUAGAGGAGGAAAAGGCUGAAGCAAAGGAAGAAGAGAAGGUUGAAGAGAAGGCAGUAGAGGAAAAGGCUGAAGUAAAGGAAGAAGAGAAGGUUGAAGAGAAGGCAGUAGAGGAAAAGGCUGAAGUAAAGGAAGAAGAGAAGGUUGAAGAGAAGGCAGUAGAGGAAAAGGCUGAAGCAAAGGAUGAAGAGAAGGUUGAAGAGAAGGCAGUAGAGGAAAAGGCUGAAGUAAAGGAAGAAGAGAAGGUUGAAGAGAAGGCAGUAGAGGAAAAGGCUGAAGUAAAGGAAGAAGAGAAGGUUGAAGAGAAGGCAGUAGAGGAAAAGGCUGAAGUAAAGGAAGGAGAGGUUGAGGAGAAGGCAGAAGAGAAGGCUGAAGAGGAAAAGGCUGAAGAAAAGAAGGCUGCAGAAGAAGUAAAGGAUGAAGGGAAGGUUGCUAAGGCUGAAGAAAAGGUUGAAGAGAAGGCAGAAGAGAAGACUGAGGAGGCUGAGGAGAAGGUUAAAGUAAAGGAUGGAGAGGUGAAAGAGAAGGAAGAUGGGAAGAAGGCAGAAGAGAGGAAAGAAGAGAAGGCAGAAGAAGUGAAGGAUGAAGAAAAGAUUUCUGAAGAGAAAGAGGUUUCUAAAACGAAAGAGGCUGAAGUGGUGCGUGCAGACUCAGGGAAGGGUGAUGAGCAGGUUGCAGCUAAACCAAAAGAAAAGGUUGAAACCAAAGCAGCAACUGAGCAAGGAGCCAGUGAAACAACUGUGGAGGGAGAGGAGACCCAGGCAACCACGGCAACGGAAACCGGGCCCGUGAAAGAUAAGGAGACAGAAAGUGAAGCUAAGGAUGGAGCAGCCUCCACAGGGAAAGACCAGUAGACAGGGUAAAGGACGAAUGGCUCAAGCAGCAACAAUGGCCGAACGCUUCCUAAACACAAAGCUGAAAGAACAAUGAGCACUGCAUGUUGAUGGAGACAAGUUUCAGGGCCUGAUGUGUACACUGUAGACAAUGAGAUAAUCUCAGGGCAAUAACCAGCUAAGCUAAUGUUGCAUGAACGUUUGCACUGUUAAAUUAUGGAGGCAUCACAU